AUGGCAGCUACCGCUAACAAGUCUGUGCUUACGGGGUCUCGGCGACUCACCAUGGUGCAGCCCGUACAAGUGCACGGGGUCUACAACAAUUAUAAGUUCCGCGACGCGUUACUGCACGCGUCGUCGCGUUCGCGUUUUCCACAGUCCCACCGCUCCCCCUGUCCUUCAGAGUUUCUUCCUUCGCAAACCUCAGAGAACAACACUUCCUUACUCUGUGAGACCCUUCUGGACCUGUGCUAUUUGGAACAUAUCUUCAACUGGCUGCCUGAAGCGCUCAAUAUGGUCCGUCGAGUCCAGGCUCAAGCGAAAGCGUCCAAGAACAGUGGCAAACACCCCAACGCCGUAAUCCCGCUGCCGUUACUCGUGGUACAAUAUCUGAGUAGCACCGAUCAGAUUACGUUAGAUUCAUGCUGCUUAGAUGAGGGCGGUGGACCAUACAGGGCUCUUACAGAACUUACUGCUACUGUACGCUCCGUCGAGGACAAGGUCAAUUGUGCCAUGAAAGCAAAUACGCUCGCUCCGUUCGCAGGCACUAAUCACAGUGUCAUCUCACCCCAAGAAAGAGAAGAAAUCCACCGCCGCAUAGCUAACUCAUCACUUCUAAGCCAUGAACUCGACCACGCGAUUUAUCGCCUACAAAGUCUCCGGAACAAUCUUCACCUCUCCACUAAGGGAUGCAAGAGACUUUUAUCGGCCGUCGGCCGUCUCCCUGCGGAAAUCCUGUCCUGCAUAUUUCUCUUAAUUCGCCCCCAGUAUCUUGGUAUUACAAAGGCCCAUCAAAAGUCAAUCGUCAAGAACUUGAGGACAUCCUUCAACCCUGCACAAGUUUGCAGGCACUGGCGGACCGUCGCGCUGAAUACUCCCCGACUUUGGAACGUUACCCACCUCAAAGGGAUAAAGGAUGUCGAUGAGAACAAGAUAUGCGAGCAACUUGAGAUUUUGUCAAGGACAGGGCCUAUCCCACCCUAUCUCGUUGUCAGGUUCUCUCAAGAGUAUGAGGAUUUCUUACGGAGAUGUCAAAGCCAUCAUGUUCUAUCAGCCUUUCAACAGAAAUGUACGGGGCUAGACGUAUACGUAAAGGAUAUCUUGAUGAGUAGACCUCCUAACGCACCGAUCGACCUCUGGCUCUGGCUCCAGCAAUUCAGCAGACUGCAAUCCUUGGCACUCUUGAAUAUCCAUUUCCCUUCAUCUCCCCCGCCUUCGCGCAUCAGAUGGGACAACUUGACGCAUCUCCAGCUGCAUCUGAACACUACGGGACACCUUGAUAGGUUUCUCAGCGGAGUUGAUGUCCCGAAGCUGAGGGUCCUUGUUGUCAAAAUCCCUCGUCACAUGAUACUAAACGUCAGAUCAGUCAUCCUGAGGUACCCUGAGCUCACAACCUUGUUCCUACGCUGCUCGGUGCCUGACGAAUAUGAUCCGUUCAUCCAUCCGCACCUACAGCGUGUGGCCUUCUACUCAAGUGCUAGAUAUACUCACAAGUUCUUGAUCUCGGCGAACCUCCCUUCCAUCACAGAGCUUGCAAUAUCCGUUCAUGACCAGACAGAAAAACGUCUAACAGAUUUCGCUUUACGCUCGCAAUGCCAUAUCAAACGUCUCACAUUCCUGAACCGACGAUUUGACAAAGGCCAUCAUGAGCGAUCAGGUCCUAAAACAAAACGCCUUAGAGAAAUGGGUAACACCAUUGCCGAAAGGUUAUCAGUCCCAAAGGUUGAAUUCAACAAGAGCUGGGGAAGUUCGCAAAUGAUGCGCGAGCUCAAGUGGCGUUGGUAUCAACAACCAAGUGCACCGGGACAUCUUGUGCAUGCGGAAGAAGAUCCAAGAUCUCAAAGGCCCUGGCGUACAACGUCUACUCCGAGAGCAUUUUUGUCAAGCAAUAGCGGGAUGAGAGAUGAUGCGAGCACUCACCCGCCGCACACAAGGCACGUCUCGAACAUCCGGGUGUUCAUCAAUUUUGAGGAAAACGUCAAAAAACGCGUGAACAGCAAACGUCGAUUGGUGAAAGUGUUGGAAACUCCGGCUCAGGGGCUAAUUGUGAACAACACUAGGUAUAUGAUACGAUUCGAGAGCAAGUGGGGAGAGAGGAUCGAAAACGAGCUGAAAAGGGGGGAAAUAAGGACAGGCCCUCCAACUUAG